UCACACCCCGUGAUGAAAUCUGGAAGUAAAAUAGCCACUUGUCACAGCCCAUCUUUAUUUAGCAAAUAAACUUGAAAUCUACAUUAUUCUAGGGGCUGUUGAUCAAUGGUGGACCAAAAAGACAUGAUCUCUGUCCUUAUUGGGAUUUGAUUCAGUGGGAGAGAUAUUUAACAAGUAAAUAUUCUAAUAGACAUAUAGUUUAUACUAAAUGCUGUGAAGGAAAACAUAGUAUACCAUGGGGCAGGAUAAUAAUUGGUGGUUUGUCUGGAAGGCGCCUUUGGAGGAAUGACAGGUAAAGAUUAGAAAGAACCAGCUCUUCACAGUUGGGGUAAGGGGUGGAGUUGGUGGAAGAGAGAAUAUGUGCAUAGAUUCUGGAACAGACAAGACAGAAGUUAUAGUUUGAGGAGCCGAGAGAAGGCUGGUGGGACUUCAUGUGGUCUGGUGGUCUUUGGUGUCUGAGCCAUGUGAAGCUUACCAGCCCUACAACAGAAUGGAGCCCUAGCCAUCCAGGAGAGGAUGCAGUGGUGUCUUUUGCUGAUGUUGGAUGGGUAGCCAACGAAGAAGAAGAGUGUUCAACAAGACGAAGGACAGAGGUCAGAUCAAGGCAGCCCCUUCAGGAUGGCCUGCCUUUCUUUGAGAAGCCGCCAAGCAGGGGGCUUUCCUUACCAAACCUGUCUCCAGAAGAGCCUCAACUGAAGACAGCACUGGCAAAUGAGGAAGCACUACAGAAGAUCUGUGCCCUUGAAAAUGAACUUGCUGCUCUCAGAGCUCAGAUUGCCAAAAUUGUGACCCUGCAAGAACAGCAAAAUCUCAUUGCAGGUGAUUUAGAUUCGACCACAUCGGUUACUGCGGCCCCACCCUCUGUCCCACCACCUCCCCCGCCCCCACCUCCUCCGCCCCUCCCCACACCAGGGCUCCACCAAAGUGUAUCUGCUAUUGACCUGAUAAAAGAACGAAGAGAGAAAAAAGCCUGUGCUGGAAAGACUCAGGUUAAGAGCGGGCCAAAGAAACCUGAUAUGCCAAAUAUGCUAGAGAUCCUUAAAGAUAUGAACAGUGUAAAACUUCGGUCAGUAAAAAGGUCAGAACAGGAUCUAAAGCCCAAACCUGUGGAUGCUACCGACCCUGGUGCCCUCAUAGCAGAGGCUCUGAAAAAGAAAUUUGCCUUUCGAUAUCGAAGCGAUAGUCAAGGUGAAGUUGAAAAAGGAAUUCCAAAGUCUGAAUCAGAGGCCACCUCAGAAACAGUGUUGUUUGGGCCGCACAUGUUGAAGUCUACAGGAAAAAUGAAGGCUUUGAUUGAAAAGGUUUCAACUUAAUAGCUGAAGAAAAACUAUCCUUGUUCCAGCUGUUGGUUUGUUAGGGCUAUUUGGCUAGUAGAAAUCAACACUAGUUAGUAAAUACCUGAAUUUAGUAUUCAGUAGUCUCCUUUAGGUCUAAUAAAAAAGCACUCUAAGUCUGUUUGUUUUUAUGAGAAGGUUCUGAAGUUUUCCAUAACAGGUUUUUAAUGUGUAGCGAGGAUGUUAAGGUUUCUAGUCUUAAGAACAAUUAUAUAGAUUUCAGAGGAAAGGACAUUGUAGAUGUAGAGUUUUUAAUUUUUGACACUAAUUUAUCUGUGCAAAUGUUUUAUAUGCAUAUACUUGGGUAUAAAAUAGUACGUAAAAUGUAAUAAUGACGUCAGUGAAGCUGUCAGUGAUUUAUUACUCAGUGAUGGAACAGCUGGUAUAACACACAGCUGCUCGAGUGAAAUAUUUGGGAUUGGAACCUUUUUGCCUUGAACAGGACUUUAGGACUUUUACCCUAGAUCCCCUCUCACAUUUCCUUAGAGAAGGGGAUCAGGUAGGAACCAGAUAAUGUUUACUGCUGAAAAUUCCAUAAUGCUUUCAUUUAAAGGAAAGUCAAAGACCACAAAAGCUGCUUUCACUCCAGUGCUGAGAAAGAAAAUGUAGUUUUUAGAUAGAAAUCAAAUUAUUGAAUCAAAUCGAUAACAAGUGAAAACCAGAAUGUACCAUCUUUCUAUUCCAGUUUAAUAAAGGCAUCAUAAAGAUGGCUUGUUACUAAGUUAAUAUGUAAUGUAAAUGGCAGCAUAAUGGAGUUGAAAUUUUUUUAAAUAUUGGUCGAAUGUAGUAGCUUUAUAAUGAAACAAUAGGUGAAAUAAUUUCCUGUAAGUUAUCAUUGGUCUGCUAUUCUGCUGAAUUACACCACGCAGCAACCCUUAGGUGCUCAUAGGAGAAAAGCCGUUCUUGUGGAGGGCUUCCGAGGAAUGCUGUACAUGCUCAUUUGGGAAUGCUCAAUAAAACUUUAUGGUUUUCUGUAUUUCUGCUAAACUCAGCUGUAGUUAACGCAGAAUCUUCUACCAUGGGUAAAUACUUGGAUUUAUUUAAAUCUAGUAAAAAGUGGAGAUGGGAAGAGUAGACCUUUAAGUUAUUGAAAAUAUGUGCAAUGUUCUCAAUAUUAGGAAAUGUUAUUCAGCUUAAAUUUGAACUGUGGCUUAUUUUACAUGUUUGUUGAUUUACAUUACAUUGUUUCUAAUUGUUUCAUAUGAUUUAAAAACUCUGCCUUUAAAAGAAAUUCAGAAAAUUUGCCUAAAUUAUAUAUUUUGACCUCCUAAGCAAUUUAUAUUUGUAUCAGUAUUGAAUUUUGGCCAGUGCUCCAACUGAAGGAAGUUACUGUAUUGAAAUAAAGCAAAUUUGUAUUUUCCUUGGA